UACAGAAAAAAUAAACGUGGCCAAUUAAUAGGAGAAUAAAACAGCCAAUUAGCAGUUAACCAUAUAAUUUCCACUUUUCCAUUGAAACCUCUCUUCAAUUGUCCCCCUCUGCCCUUUUUCCCUUCUUCCGAUCUAUCAUCAUACGCAACCUCUGUUUUUGGUGUGUUCCAGUACGGUUAAUUUAUUCGGAGUAUUUUUUUGGGCCUUAACAUUCAAGGCAAAGAAGUUGAUAUUUAGAUGAUAAAAAGUAUUUUUGGCCAUGGAUGCAUGGGUUGCUGCUAAGUCCUUAUCUCUGCUUGCACCCAAGGGUGUUGUAUAGCGGUCAAUGAAGUGGAUGAGAACCAUGAGGUCUCAAGUUCAGAUCUCUGCAGACACAAAAGUACUAGAUCGCCAUUGUCAAACAAAAUGAUUAUAGCUUGUUCUCCUCCAAGCAGGCAUCACUCCACAAAAUUUCAACCACGAAGAUAGGUCAAAGGAGCAUGUCGCACGGUAAUCGUAUAGUUGAUUUAGAAGCAGAUCAGCAAGGUCAAGAGUUUUUUCAUUCUGCGCCUUGCAUGUUUUAUGCACAGCCUAAUGUCCAUGCAGCAGUACCAGCUCCUGGAAAUGCUGGUAAUAUCUAUUUGCACCAUGUACCAGACCAUCAAGAGGGUGCCUUAACAUAUGGGUUGACACAGUACAAUGGGGUUCAACAUCAGCAUCCUGACCUAGCCAGUUCUGCUUCUUCAAUUCAUUACAAUCCGUACAUGGCUGUUUCAUCCGCUUCUAGAGAUUUCCCUGUUCCAGUAAAUCAUGGGCCACAUGAUCAGCUUCAAUCGGGCUCUCACAACAUCGUUGGAAUGAAUUCAGACUAUGGAAGGAACAAUCAUUACAUGGACAAUGUCAGAGGAUCAUUUAAGAGAAAGAAUGCUGAAGGAAUUCCUGCAAAUCUUCAAUAUCAUCAUGCUUUGGCAGGUUCCAGUUCUUCUGUUGCUCCAGUGAUUGCAAGACCACAUGAAUCUGAUGUUUUAAUGGAUGCUGCAUCAUUUACACCACCAGAUUAUGGAGGCAAUUCAUCAUCAUUCAUUGAGGAUGGAGCACCUAGAAGUAUGAGUAACAGUUCUGGUGCUAGUGGUCCAGAAAAUGUUGCAAGGCAUAACCAUAAUCAUUUAUUUCAAGGAAACUAUAUAAGUCAGACCCAUCAGCUGCCUGGAAAUCCCUGGUUGGACCUGCAGUUCAACAGCAAUGGCAGUGAGACUCAAACUUGGGCAUGGAAUCAGGCUGCUCCGUUACCCUAUGUACCUGGUGGGAUUGGAGGCUGCAUAAAUGCCGGAAACAUGGGCGUGCUAGGUUAUCAAAUGACAUCUAGCAAUGGAGGUUUGACUAGUUUUCUGCAUCCACCCGUCCCUCAAGGGCACCCAGGCUUUCAUCAUCUGCCACCUAAUAUUCAAGGAAUGAGAGGCCAGCCUAUCACCUUCCCUCCGCAAAUGACAGCACCAUCCUCACACCACUUACCAAAUACUUCGUCCAAUGUCGCCACUAACCUAAUGCAAGGCGUUGUAGAGGCAGGGCCCAGAUAUAUGCCCUCUCUACCAACUGGCUUCAGAUUUUACAGGCCUCAUCAAAGGGCUACCGUGCUUGAAAGGAAUACUAGACAUCGGAACCUCCCUAACAUGAGAGUUCUGCCAGAAGAUGGAGUGGCAAUGCUGGAUGUUUCAGGCUACCGUGAAGUUAACAGUCCCAUUGAUCAGCAUGGAGAUAUGCGUUUGGACAUAGAUCACAUGUCCUACGAGGAACUUCUUGCACUGGGGGAGCAGAUUGGCAAUGUAACAACUGGGUUGUCAGAUGAAAUAAUCGUUAGCCGUUUGGAAACAAGAUCAUUUUCAUCCCCGGGGAUUCCUUUCACCCUGGAAACUGCUGCAUGUUUGGAUCACGAAACUGAUUUCUGCGUCAUAUGCCAGGCUAAUUACAACAACCAAGAAACUAUAGGAACUCUUGAUUGUGGGCAUGAAUAUCACGCGGAGUGUGUAAAGAAGUGGUUGGUUGUGAAGAACUCUUGCCCCAUCUGCAAAUCCACUGGAUUGUCAAAAGAACAAAAAAAUUCGUGAAUAAAGGGAGUUGGUUGGUGGAUGAAUAAUUUUUAGAGUGGAGCAUUUUUUCCUCUUGCUAAAUAUUUGUUCUCUAACAAGAGGAAAACGUUCUUGAACCUGUAUUUAUAUAAUAUAUAUUUGUAUAGACUUUGGCUAGAUGUUAGCAUAUAACUUGGUGACCUUAAUUUGUCACCUGAAUUUGUACAGACCUCUUGAUUUUGUUGGGAACCCUGUGCAUGAUUGUGAAUUUUGUAUAGACAUCUGAAAAUAGCUUGUUCGACCAUGCAUGAUUACUAUAUCCUUUAUGGAUUAA